GUUCUGCGCCUGAAGUCUCUGUGCAACGACAAAUACCAUUUCGGCACCGAGGUUUACCACCAGGAACGGAGUAACGUAACGCGACAUUUUAUCGACGGUUGUGAGAAAAGUGAGGAGAAUCGAUAAUAAUGUACAACAUGCGGAGUGAGAAACUCACUAUCAACGAGCUGUUCCACAACCUCUGCCGACAUCUGACGGCGUAUAGUAAUUUAACGCAAGUAUCCCAGACCUUCAUGGAACUGCAGACGAACUGGGAGCGCGUUGAUUUUGCCACAAAUCUUUUGAACUCGUUUGGAAACUUACCCGUCUAUGAUACUACUUCUCUAAAAAAUAAUGAGAUGAGCAUACAAUUCAGAGAACAGGGUAACAUCAUGUUUAAGGACAAGCAGUACGACUAUGCAUUAGAAUUGUACACAAAAAGUAUAACAUACGCGGAGACCGGAAGCGAGAUACUUGGAUUAGCUUACGCCAAUCGUUCGGCAGUCUUAUUUGAAAAGAAAAUGUUCAGGGAAUGCUUAGAAGAUAUCGACAAGGCCUUUACUUCAAAUUACCCGGAAGCGAACUACAGCAAAUUGCUACGGAGAAGGCAGCGAUCAGAAAAGGAACUGACACAAUGCUGCAGUCAUGAAGAACCAAAGUAUUACGAAGAGUUACCAGAAUUUAUACACGACGUUAACCCAACAAUUGCUUGCGCCUCGAAUUGCAUUGCUAUUACAACCAAUGCAGAAUGCGGCCGACAUGUCGUAGCAACCAAAGAUAUCCAAAUUGGAGAUGUCAUCGCUAUAGAUACACCUUACGCGGCUAUUGUUGUACCAGAAGCUUCUAUCACACAUUGCCAUCAUUGUCUUAAAGUAGUGCUCAACAGCAUUCCUUGUCAAAAAUGUUCUUACGCCAUUUAUUGCUCAGUAAACUGCUCGGAUUCCGCGCAAUAUUCCUACCACCAAUACGAGUGUCCGGUUAUAAGCGUCUUGUUGAAUCUGAAUGUUAGCAAACUUAACUUGCUCGCACUUAGGAUCACUAUACUUGCAAAGAAAGAUUACAAAAAAAUCCCGCACUACGGUAAAAGCAAUAGUGUUUAUGAAUCGGCGCGAUACGAGGAAAUUCACGGGCUUUGUGCGAAUACGGAACACCGCACAAACGCCGAUUUGUUUGACAGAGCUAUCCAAGCCGCUGUUAUAUUCGAUAUUUUCAAUUCUUACUCGACAUUCUUUCAGGAUUUUGGGGAAGAAAGCGAUGUGAAAAUGUUUAAAGAACUGCUGCUUCUGCACAUGCAGACAGGACCAUCUAACUUUCACGAGAUAUCUGAACUCGUCAGACGCACCGAGGAUUCCACUGCAGAAAGCUUGGAAAUCGGUGCUGGUGCAUAUAGCUUUUUGAGCAUGAUCAAUCAUUCGUGCUCUCCUAACGUCGUCAGACAUUGCUAUGGGAAAUCUAUAGUUUUAAGAGCGCUGAGCCCCAUCAAAGAGGGUCAACAAUUGUUUGAUAAUUACGGGUAUCAUUAUGCAGUUAUGGAAAGGUCCCAGAGGCAAAAAUCUUUGAAACUGCAGUACUUCUUCGAUUGUUCAUGCGAAGCUUGCACAGACUGUUGGCCUCUUUAUAAGUAUUUACCAGAUAAAAACUUUGAAUUCGAUCUCUCGUGCGACAUCGUAAAUGAUUUGCAACAAGCUAUGGUUAGCACGGCGAGAUCCGUAUUGAAAGGAUUGUUAAUAAAAGCCGCCAUCUUGGAGAAGUUGAAGCCAUGCAAGAAUUUAGCCGACAUACAAGAAUGCAUCAAACAAUGCUACAGUAUUCUGGCAAACAAAAGGCUGAUGCCAAAGUCUGCACAAUCUUGAAAUUACUUAGAUUAGUGCGCAAGUAUUACAUGUUAAAAUAGAUAUUUUUUUACUUGUCCGUUGUGUUAGUCUAAAGAAACAACAUAUUUUGACAUCACGAAUUGCUGUGAAACCAUUUUAUUCCUUCAUAAAUCGAAGGACCAUGUAUUUUUGUUAUUGCAUACUUAUUUCUGAACGAUAUUCACUCUGAAUGUCUUGUUUCGUUUCGUUUUCUUUGUUAAAUUAUAUAUAUAUAUAUACAUUAUAUAAAAUAUGCAUAUUGGUUAUAUUAUUGU